UUAUUAGUAAUUGAUAUUUCAAUAUUGCUUCGUAAUGGCGAGGGUUAUUAAUCAUACUAUAUUGGUUAUGCUAAUAUAAUCUAAAUUACUUAUCGACCAUUAUCUACAUAUUUAAGUCAGUUUAAUAGAAUUGUAAGCCUUAUAUUAAGUUCAUCAGAAUAAAUAUCUAAGAAGACAACAUGCAGAAAGCUUUGCUUCCAAUAAACAAUGUCCAAACUCAAGUGAUAGCAGAGGGUCGAUGGGUUGAAGAAAGUUUUCCGCAAGAUGGUAAAAAAGAUGUGGUAAUAGUUAUUCCAGGAAAUCCAGGAGUUCCACAAUUUUAUGAAGGUUUUAUUAAAUCUCUCAAUUCAAAAUUACCAUCGGAAACUCCAGUUUGGGUCAUUGGACAUGCUGGUCAUAUUCAACCACCUAAAGAUUUGGAAAUUAAUAUGCCUAGCAACAAAGAGUGGGAUAAAUAUUAUGGUUUAACUGCACAAAUAGAACAUAAGAUACAGUUCAUAAGAAAUUAUGUCCCAAACGAUGCUAAAAUAUAUUUAAUAGGUCAUUCAAUUGGAUGUUGGUUUAUAUUAAAUGUACUGAAAGAUGAAGAUAUAUCUAAAAAGGUAGAAAAGUGUUACUUACUCUUUCCUACGGUAGAACAUAUGGCAGAUACUCCAAAUGGACGCUUUCUAACAAAGUUUAUUUUACACAUAGUCAACUUAUUGCUUUUUUUAACUUGGAUUUUUACAUGUUUUCCUUAUUACUUGAAAGCAUUUCUAAUACGUUUGUUUGGUAUAUUUUAUGGUAUUCCUGCAAAACAUGUUAACACAGUGAUUCUAUUGUUACAACCUAGCGUACUUAAAAGAGUAUUUAGAUUAGCGGAUGAAGAAAUGAAACAAGUAAAAGAACUUGAUCAUAAUAUCGUUUCUCAACACAUUGGUAAACUUUGGCUUUACUAUAGCGAGAAAGAUCAAUGGACUCCGAUCAGUUAUUAUAGAAACAUGAAAGCUAAAUAUCCUAAUAUAGAAGCUAAUCUUUGUAAGCAUGGCUUUGCUCACAGUUUUAUAUUAAAUCAUGAGAAAGAAAUGGCUGAAAUAGUAGGUAAUUUAAUCAAUGAGAAUAUAUCAAAAGCCUAAUUGUUGAUCAAGAUAGUAACAGCCUUAUGCAUUUUAAUCUAUUCUGUUAUAACAUGGCAACAAAUAGUGAUAAGGUAAUAGGUCAAAUUAUAAGCGAUUUAAUAUAUAAUAAUAUAUCUCUCAUAAAUCUAAUUAAUGAUUUGUUAUGAUUAAAUAU